CUUUAUCCGUCUCCUUACCUUACCAUCCAACAUAUCCUUCAAUCCUCAACCUCGAAUCAAGAUAUCAUGUCCUCCAGUCUAUGGGCACGCUCAGCUUGCUCCGGCAUAUCGGUUAGCAGCAAGGCUCUUGGACCACUUCAAUCUCGAGCAUUAAGCGGUCGGCAUUUUAUGACCACCUCAUCCACUUCUUCGGCUCCUCUCUCCUUCAAAAAGGAUGAAACCUUAUCUGAGGAUAAAUCUAUUUUGAAGAAAUCAUUCUCAACUACUACUUCGAUCAAGUCCCCGACUAUCGCAUCUACUCCUUCUCCUUAUUCUCCUGCAUUCGAUUUAGCUAGACAAGGGAGUAAUCAACUCAGUCUCGAAACACCACGAAACGGUGCGGAAUAUGUCCUAAGUACGAUCGAUAAGAUCGUUAACUGGGGUCGACAAGGUUCAAUGUGGCCAAUGACUUUUGGAUUAGCAUGUUGCGCCGUAGAGAUGAUGCACAUGGCCGCUGCUCGAUACGAUCAAGAUCGUCUUGGAGUCGUCUUCAGAGCUUCACCUCGACAAUCUGAUAUCAUGAUUGUAGCUGGAACAUUGACCAACAAAAUGGCACCUGCUCUACGAAAGGUAUAUGAUCAAAUGCCGGAACCUCGAUGGGUGAUCAGUAUGGGUAGUUGUGCCAAUGGUGGUGGUUAUUAUCAUUAUUCUUAUUCGGUUGUACGUGGUUGUGAUAGGAUCGUACCUGUUGAUUUGUACGUACCUGGAUGUCCACCCACUGCAGAAGCUCUACUCUACGGUAUGCUUCAAUUACAGCGUAAGAUGAGAAGAAGUCGAAAGGGAGUCUUGUGGUAUCGCAAGUAAUCUUAUAGAUGUUAUCUUAUUAUCUCUAAGAUGUACAACUUGCCGAGAUACAUCUUUUGGAUUUUUUUUGCCCGAUCUAGUUAGAGACAUCCUGUGAUCAGUCUGAGGCACCUAUAUAUUGAGAUAGAUCGAUGUUUCCUUUCGUUUAUACUUCACUGCCUUUUUACUUUCUUCCUUCGAAGCCUAUGUUUUGUGAUCGGCUUUUUCAAUUGUAGACGAGUCUGUAAAUAAAUGAAGCUACACAUGAGGGCCAGAUAAGGCUAUGCACUUGUAGAGACACCAUCGAGUGUGGCUU